GAUUGGUUGUGGGCGGGAGUGAAGAGAGUAACCUACGUCAGGGAGGUGUGAGGUGAUGCGUUUCCUGCCGCCAUAUACCGGCACUGAAUGAGCUUCGUGGCUGACUAUUCCCGGAUCUAGUGAACCCUUACCGGCCGUUCCUCCCGUCUAUGGCCCGUCCUCGAUCGUUGGUGUCGCCGCUGCUGAGCGGAGUGUUCUGUCAGUGUGAUACAUUGGGAGGAUCCCCUCACACACACGACGCCGCGGCAUCCUCAUCCCGGGCGGCUGCCUUGGCUGCGGACCCGUGCGGAGGAGCCUUGUGCGGCGGGCCCGAGCACGAGCGGCGCCUGCAGAUUCUCUUCCAGGAGUUGGACGUCAAUAAGGACGGCGCCAUCUGUAUCAAUGACCUGGCUGUGGGGCUCAAGAGGCUCGGGGUCCACCGGACGGAGCUGGAGCUACGGAAAAUAGUAAAAGCCGGCGACAAGGACCAGGAUGGACAGCUGGACUUUGAGGAGUUUGUACAUUACCUCCGCGAUCACGAGAAGAAACUGCGCUUGGUCUUCCGUAGCCUGGACAAGAAGAAUGAUGGAAGGAUUGAUGCCCAGGAAAUAAUGCAGUCUCUCCUAGACCUCGGUGUGAACAUCUCCGAGCAGCAGGCCGAGAAAAUCCUGAAGAGAAUUAGGAGGGGCCACCGCUGGGGUCCUGUCACCCACAUGGAUAAGAAUGGUACGAUGACAAUAGACUGGAAUGAGUGGCGGGAUUAUCACCUCUUGCACCCUGCAGAGAACAUUCCGGAAAUCAUCCUUUAUUGGAAGCAUUCUACGAUCUUUGAUGUUGGAGAAAAUCUGAUCGUCCCAGAUGAGUUCACAGUGGAAGAGAAGCAAACCGGGAUGUGGUGGAGGCAUCUAGUCGCUGGCGGUGGAGCAGGCGCGGUCUCUCGUACAUGCACGGCGCCCCUUGAUCGAUUGAAAGUCCUCAUGCAGGUCCACGCUACCCGUCACAACAACAUGUCUAUCCUGGGGGGCUUCACGCAGAUGAUCCGCGAGGGAGGUUUCCGCUCUCUGUGGAGAGGGAACGGCAUCAACGUGGUCAAAAUCGCGCCAGAAUCUGCUAUUAAGUUCAUGGCUUAUGAACAGAUUAAACGCCUCAUAGGCAGCGACCAGGAAACCCUGGGAAUCCAUGAGCGACUAGUAGCCGGAUCUCUUGCCGGUGUCAUUGCUCAAAGCAGCAUCUAUCCCAUGGAGGUUCUUAAAACACGGAUGGCUCUGCGCAAGACCGGUCAAUACAACGGGGUGUUACAUUGCGGGAAACAAAUCUUACUGAAAGAAGGGAUGUCUGCCUUUUACAAAGGAUACGUCCCCAAUAUGCUGGGGAUUAUUCCCUACGCUGGCAUUGACUUGGCCGUGUAUGAGACCCUGAAGAACGCCUGGCUGAACAGAUACGCCACAAGUAGUGCUGACCCGGGAGUAUUUGUAUUACUGGCUUGUGGGACGAUAUCCAGUACAUGUGGGCAGCUCGCCAGCUAUCCCUUAGCGUUGGUCAGGACACGCAUGCAAGCACAAGCCUCUAUUGAAGGAGCACCGCAGGUGACCAUGAGCAAGCUCUUUAAGCACAUUAUAAAGACAGAAGGAGCAUUCGGACUCUAUCGGGGUCUGGCCCCCAAUUUCAUGAAGGUGAUCCCCGCGGUCAGCAUCAGUUAUGUGGUGUACGAGAACCUAAAACUCACGCUCGGGGUGACCUCUCGGUGAUGAGAAAAUUGGCGUGAUGCGGUUGUUGGACUGCAGUCUUGGGGCGUAUCUCCCUGGAUGUGAAUGGUCCCGUCUUCAUUCUGUGAAUGUGCUUAACACUAAAGGCAACAGUGAAGCUGUGAUAACCCCAGAAACUGAAGGAUGUGAAGCUUCGGCCUCUGAUCACAAGGGACUUGUGACCUGUCUUACCGGUUGCGCUCAUUCCACCCCCUUUCUUCGUUGGGGCCGCUAGAAUCUUCCAAGCUGGAGCUGUGUUUACAUUGUAUUUUUAUUUUAUUUUUUUUUGUCUCAAGUUUUACAUCUGUCCCCUUAUUUUUAUGUACAGAGCCCUUAUUUAAAGGGCCACAUGUCUCACUUGAAUAUACGUUCUAUAGUCUGAAACUUUGACCUGCAGCAUGUGUACUGACAAAGUGAGUCGGCAGCCAUUGGAUAUUUGCCGUUUCACAUCGAGCAAUGUCAUCCGCUUUGUGUUUGGGGAAACUGCAUUACUUUGGCUUUUACAUUUUAGGCCACAUUCAAUCGACGGGAUUUCAGAGCGGAAUCUGAUGGAAAGAUUCCGCUCAGAAAUUCCCAUUUUCAGUGGAAUUCUGCUGUAGUGUGCACCGCCAGUCUCCGCCAAAGGAGCGGUCCUAGCACCGGCAUAUUCUGCCGUAGCUCUAUUUGCGGCAUGUCCACCUGUGUUUUAAGGGUCGACACCCUGCAGAAAUUACGCCUUGUGAACAUGGCCUUGCGGUUCCACAAACCAAAGAUGUAUGGCUUCACAAUGGACUGCCCCAUUCACUGCUUGACAACCAUACUGCAGGUAAAAGGCAUCUGAUACUGGACUCUAAAUGGCUUAUGAACUCGGCAGUUUUGCAUUCCAGUCUUACUCAUCUGGGUCAUGUGCCGUAUAGAUUUUCCCCUGUCAAUGACAACUCUUCCCACCAUGGUGUCAGGGAAGAGAAGGCAUAUUUAAAUUUCAAUGCCCAAUUUUUAAGGGAGGUAAGCUGUUGGCAGAGGUGUCUGGCAGCAGCUUACCUUACAAGAUGUGUAUGGAGAAAUAGAUUGUUUGAAAAAGUGACGGCUAUUGAAGCUGCAAUUCAGUGUACCCUGACGUGCAGCUGUUGCUAAACUACAACUCCUAGCAUACUGAGUGAUAUAAUUUUGCAACAGCUGAAGAGCCGCCGGUUGGAGAUCACUGGUGCAUGGAUACCUUAAGGCAGGGUUUCCCAAACAGUGUGCCUUCAGCUGUUUCAAAACUACAACUCCCAGCAUGCCUGGACAGCCAAAGGCUGUCCAGGCAUGCUGGGAGUUGUAGUUUUGCAACAGCAGGAGGGACCCUGGUUGGUAAACACUGCCUUUAAGAGGUUGAUGCUCCUUCUCCUCCACUCUAGGGGACACAAUGAUUGCUGCCCACCUUAGCUGCCCCAUUUACUGCUUGACAACAAUACAAUAUGCAAAUUCCUGUUAGGGUUUCCUAGCAACAGCAGGUGUCUUAACUUAUGCAAAACGCUGUCAUCCAUACACAGGCUGAUCAUCUGUGUCCAUCCAGGAUGGCGUUUGGCGCACAUUCCUCUAUUGUCACGUUUUUACUGCCUAGCUUGUAUAUUUAUUAUCUAUUUAUUUAAGAGAAGUAACGUCGAGCUAUUUUUUACAAAUGUUAAAUUCUAUUUAGAGUAUUAUGGCCUUUUUUUUUUUUUAUUUCACUAACUUGUUUUAGGUUUUAUUUUAGUUUUUUAUAUAUUAUAUAUAUAUAUAAUUUUUUUUUUUUUUUUUUUUUUUCUUGCGGAGUAUACAAGUGUCAGACCAGAUUGUAGGCAGUAGGUACUAUGGUCAAUGGCGUACGCUCACCUCUGCCCUAAUGUAAUGUUCUUGCUUAUUAAGAGGCUCUCCCUGCUGAAUAGGUGGACUCUGAUCCGCGGAGCUUAUGUAACCAGAGAUUGCAUUGCACGUCAGCGGUUACGAAGCGGGUCCUGAGGUCAUUGGGAGCAAAGAGCGUUUCUGGGAUUUGCAAACAGAUAUAUAUCGUUUUAUCUGUUCAGACCUCGUAAAGAAACUUUUGCACUUUAAAUAGGAUGUUUGGAGACUUUAGAGUGAAUGGUUUGGUGCUUUAUAUGGUUUUCCCUCCUCCUUCUGCUAUGUUGCAGUCUUUUCCUUCUGUUUGUUUCCUAUGCCUGUUUAAGUAUCCAGUCUUGGACUAGAGCAACUGUAGGGCUUGCAGUUUAGAAGUAUAACUCCCAGCAUGCCUUGGGAGAUAUAGUUAAAAAAAAAAAAAGGUGCUGGUUGCUAGAAGACUUUCUUAGGACUGACUUAGGCUGGGUUCACACCACGUUUUGUUAAAUACGGCUGGGAUGAGGGGGGCGGGGCUUAACCACAGCGCCCGCACUCAGCCG